AUGAAAGGAAAACAAGAUAUGAAGACUUUAAGCACCAAUGAAGACGAUUCUAGCCAUGAAAUCGGCAUCGGCGAUGUCCAGGUCGUCGGACUCGACAAACCGUUCCGUCUCUGGAGCGCACUAGGAAUCUCGUUUUCCGUCACUUCAGUGCCCUUGGCAAUUGGUACAUAUCUUUCAGUCAGUGUUGGCGUUGGUGGCAGUCCAGUAUACUUCUUUGGAUACAUCGUUUCUGUUAUCUUCAACCUGUGCAUCUGUGCUUCCUUGGCAGAACUAGCUGCUGUUUUCCCACAUUCCUCAGGCCAGGUAUACUGGACAUCCCAAUUAGCACCUCAGCGAUAUGCUCGUGGACUCAGCUACCUCGUUGGCUGGCUGUCAGCGGCUGGAUACUUCUUCUGGACAGCAGCCACCUUCCUCAUCACCUCCGAGUUGAUAUUUGCCUUGGUCCAAAUCUGCCAUUCCCACUUUACUCCUCUAGCAUGGCACUACUAUUUGGCCUAUUUUGCGAUCGGUCUAUGGGCACUGUUGCCAAACACCGUUUUCUUCAAAUGGUAUCCUCUAUUUCUGCAAGGCCUGGUGGUCUACAUCAAUCUCGGCGGCCUGUUUAUCCUCAUCGUGCUACUUGUUCGGUCAAGCCCCAAACAAACGAGCGACUACGUAUUCAAGGACUUCGUGAACCAAACUGGUUGGUCAUCGAAUGCAGUCGUGUUCUUCAUCGGUCUGCUACCGGGCCUCACAGCCGUUAACGGAUUCGAUAGUGCCGCGCACAUGGCAGAAGAAAUGUCGGAACCUUCACGACAGGUUCCCCAAGUCAUGUUCAUCAGCGCAGUAGUAAGUGCUAUUUCAGGACUACCAAUGAUCUUGGUUUAUAUGUUCUGCAUCACAAACCCCGAAAAUCUCCUGGACCCCGUGGGUGGACAGCCGAUCAUCCAGCUGAUGGUUGACUCUCUCCGCUCGCUUCCACUUUCGAUCAUCGGAAGCUUGAUUUUCAUUAUUUGUUUUGGCUGUGCCAGCGUAACGUUGUUGACGACUUUCACCCGGAUUUGGUGGUCUCUGGCACGCGAAGGCGGUGUUCCUUUCUCCAAAUUUAUGGCCAGGAUCAGCCACUCCUCACAGCUACCGAUCAACAGCAUAAUUUUCUCUGUGAUUGCCUGCUCUCUCAUUGGUCUUCUUGAACUCGGCUCUGCAACAGCACUCAAUGCGAUUCUGGGCUCCGCCGUUCUCUGCAUCUUUUCCUCCUACGCCAUUCCAAUUACUUGUUCUCUCUUGAGCAAGCGAUCUGCCGUUGCAAGGCCCCAUUAUUUUAGUUUGGGCAGGGGACUUGGCACAGCGUUAAAUCUGGUCUCGGUGGUGUGGAUCGUUUUUGUGUUCGUCUGGUUAUGCUUUCCUUUGUAUCUCCCAGUGACGAUGGAUAGCAUGAAUUGGGCGGUCCUAGUUUGUGCUGUUGUCAUUUUGAUCAGCGGAAUCAAUUGGCUGAUACAUGCGAAAACUGGGUUCCAUGUUCCUAGCGCCAUAUGA